AUGUGCUCUUUAUCCUUUUCUCUCAGAGGAUUACUCCUUCCCUCUAUAACGAUGGGUUCGGUGAUGUUGGACUGGAGGUUAUCAUGUCUUCUUCUGCAGGCAGCUGUUUUGCUGCUGCUCAGCAAGGGGGAGAGGAUGUGCCCUGCGAGUUGUCGCUGCGAAGGAAAGAUUGUUUAUUGCGAGUCUGGCAUCUUCCAAGACAUCCCGGAAAACAUCACCACGGGGUGCCAAGGUCUGUCUCUGCGUUAUAACAACCUGCUGGUUCUGUUGCCGUACCAGUUUGCUCAUCUCAAUCAGCUUAUUUGGCUUUACUUGGACCACAACUCCAUCAAUGCAAUUGAUGCUUUAGCUUUCCACGGUGUGCGCAGGCUCAAGGAGCUGAUCCUCAGCUCCAACAAAAUAACCCAUCUGCACAACAACACAUUCAGCGCCAUACCAAACCUGCGAAAUCUGGACCUAUCCUACAAUCAACUUCAGUCUCUGCAACCAGGACAUUUUCAUGGCCUGCGCAAGCUACAAAAUCUCCACCUUCGGUCUAAUGGGCUGAAACAGAUCCUCAUUCGCACAUUUCUGGAAUGCCGCAGCCUGGAGUUUCUAGACUUGGGUUAUAAUCGUUUGCGGAGCCUCACCCGCACAACAUUCUUAGGCCUGUUCAAGUUGAAAGAGCUUCAUUUAGAGCACAAUCAAUUUUCCAGGAUUAAUUUCUUCAUUUUCCCACGCCUGUCCAACCUUCAAGCUCUUUAUUUGCAAUGGAACCGCAUCCGAUCCAUCAGUCAAGGUGUGCCUUGGACCUGGCAGAGACUGCAGAAAUUGGACCUGUCAGGGAAUGAAAUCCAAAUCUUGGACCCAGCUGUUUUCCAGUGUAUGCCGAGCUUACAAAUACUCAACCUAGAAUCAAACAAGCUGAGCAGUGUGCCUGUGGAGGCUGUGGCAGCGUGGACAUCCCUGACCACCAUCAGCCUGGCUGGUAAUGCCUGGGACUGCAGCCCCAGCAUCUGUCCUCUCAUGGCAUGGCUCAAAACCUUCAGAGACUCCAAAGACAUUAGCAUGAUAUGCAGCAGUCCCAAGUCUGUGCAGGGAGAAAGAGUCGUGGACGUGGUGAGAAACCACUCAACGUGUGUGGACAUGUCAAAUUUGUUCACAACCACAGCUCUCAUUAUUCUGACUUCAGCACAAGUUGUGAACAUCACAACUCACCCGUCUCCCUCUGAUGUUACAGACCUGUCUCGGAGUGAGUUACCUGCACAGAGAUUAACCCCUUCACCUGUCCAUCCUAGUGGGACAGACAGAAAGACAGCAGAGUCCACAACCAUGAGCUCUACAUCACCCAUCUCCCCUGAACCCCCAACAUCGUUUAUCCCAGAGCUUCAGUUUGAACAUAUGGCUUUCCAUAAAAUCAUUGCAGGCAGUGUAGCCCUGUUCCUGUCAGUGUCAUUGAUCCUCCUGGUUAUUUAUGUCUCGUGGAGGCGCUACCCCAACACCAUGAGGCAGCUGCAGCAGCACUCAGUCAACCAUAAGCGCAGGAAAAAGGCCCGCAAGCAGGAGCAGGAUCUUAACUCUCAGCUGCAGGAGUACUAUCUGAGCUACCAUUCGAACUCAGAGACUAUGGACUCUUUGGUGAAUGAGACAAGGCCGUGCACGUGCACCAUAUCAGGAUCCAUAGAAUGUGAGGUCUGAGCUGUCCACUCCACCUUAAGAGACUAAAAGUGCAAUUGCUGAGCAGAGGUAAAUGUUUUUUCCGCAAGAUUAAGUGGUUUUAUCUCUAAUAUGAGAUGAUAGAUUCUGCAGCACUGAAGGAAAUACUUGAGGGCAUAGUACAAUAUAAUUAUGUGCACAGAAAAGAAGAGUGGAAUGGAGAGAUAAAUUUGGAGAG